AUGACAAAUCAAUUGGUUAUUAAACAAAUUGAAACUAAACCAUUUGAAGGACAGAAACCAGGUACAAGUGGUUUAAGAAAAAGAGUAGUAGAGUUUGAAAAGGGAUUGUAUCUACAUAACUUUGUACAAUCAAUCUUUAAUGUACUAGGAAGCGACAAGUUGAAAGGAUCGACUUUGGUAGUCGGUGGUGACGGACGUUACUUUAACUCGCAAGCAUUGCAGAUUAUCUUUGCUAUUGCUGCUGCCAAUGGCGUCGGUAAGAUACUUGUCGGACAAGACGGCUUGCUAUCGACACCUGCUCUGUCGGCGGUUGUUCGCGCCCGCAAGGCAUUGGGUGCGAUCAUCUUGACUGCAUCUCAUAACCCUGGUGGCAAGCACGGUGACUUUGGUAUCAAAUACAACGUUUCGAAUGGUGGACCUGCACCAGAGGCAUUCACCAACAAGAUCUUUGACGAGACCAAGAAGAUCAGUGUCAUUCAUAUGGCUGACAAUGUACGUGUGGCCGAUCUCUCCAAGUUGGGUACGACCGAGUGGACUGGAUUCCAAGUAGAGGUAAUCGACUCUGUCGAAGAGUACUGGCAGCUGAUGCAAACCGUCUUUGACAUGAAACAGAUCAAGGAACUAGUUGCACGCAAGGGAUUCGUGUUCAACUUUGAUGCCAUGUCAGGUGUCACUGGUGUAUACGCACAACGUAUCUUUGAAAAGGAGUUGGGUGUUGCCAAAGACUGUCUUAUCAACUGUGUGCCAUCCGAAGACUUUAAUGGUGGCCAUCCCGACCCAAACCUCACAUAUGCACCCGAGCUCGUCAAAAAGAUGAAUGCCGGCUUGUUUGACGUUGGCUGCGCAUCCGAUGGUGAUGGUGACCGUAACAUGGUGCUUGGCAAGCGUUUCUUUGUCAACCCAUCCGACUCUGUGGCCGUUAUUGCCGCCAACUGGGAUGCCAUCCCUUACUUUAGAGCUGCUGGUGGUCUCAAAGGUCUCGCCCGUAGCAUGCCAACUAGUGCUGCCCUAGACCUGGUCGCCACACGUGCCAUGGUACCCUUUUUCGAGGUGCCAACUGGCUGGAAGUUCUUUGGCAACCUCAUGGACACAGACCAGUUGUCCAUCUGUGGUGAAGAGAGUUUUGGCACGGGAUCAGACCACAUCCGUGAAAAGGACGGUAUCUGGGCUAUACUCUGCUGGUUACAAAUCCUCGCACACCACAACAAAGACACAACCAAGGAAUUAGUAUCGAUUGAAUCGAUUGUACAUAACCACUGGCGUAAAUAUGGUCGUAACUACUACUCGAGAUACGAUUAUGAAGAGGUGGAUACCAAACUCGGUGACGAGGUUAUGAAACAGAUUGCCGAUACUAUUGCCACCAAGAGUUUGGUAGGACGCAAGUUUACUGGCUCGGAUGGCGUCGAAUAUGAAAUCGCCUCUGUAGACGACUUUGAAUACAAGGAUCCAGUCGAUCAUAGUGUUUCAUCUCAUCAAGGUCUUCGUAUCCGUUUCAAGGAUGGAUCAAGAAUCAUCUUCCGUCUCUCUGGUACUGGUUCCACCGGUGCCACUAUUCGUCUCUACUUUGAUAAAUAUGAACAACGUGAAUCUCAUCUCUUUGACGACACCCAAAAGCAUCUUUCAACUCUUAUCAAUAUCGCCUUAGAAUUAUCAAAUCUUCAAAAGAUUACUGGUCGUAAUGAACCAAAUGUUAUCACAUAA